AUGUCUUCCAAACCUACUCUCGUCUUUGUACCAGGAGCGUGGCACCCUGCGGCCACGUGGGACAAACUCACUACCGCGCUCGAAAGCCAACACCAAUACAAAUGCAUCUCGGUCACCUUGCCAUCAACACUGUCCGACCCUAGCGCAACUCUCCCGGGUGAUAUACAAGCCGUGAGGGAUGUCCUCGUCUCCGAGACGGCCCAGGGACGCGAUGUGGUGGUGAUAGUCCACUCAUAUGGUGGCGUUGUGGGAGAAAGCGCGAUCAAGGGCCUCACUCCCCCGAAAGGUAAACCAGAUGCCACAUCUUUAUCAACAAAGAACAAGACAUCGGGGCAUGUUAUUGGCCUCAUCCUGAUGGCAACUGGCUUUGUUGCCCCUGUGGUGAAAAACUUUCUUGAGGGUAUGGGGGGCCAACCGCCCUCGACCUGGAAACUCGAUGAGGAGUCGGGCUUUGCAGUAGUUACUGGUGAUGUCCGAGGGUACUUUUAUCACGACCUGCCCGAAAAAGAAGGGAAUGAGUGGGUUCAGAAACUCACCCCACAUUCGCUGAAGACAUUGACCCAAGAUGGUGAACAUACCUACAGCGGGUGGAAGGAUGUUCCAGUAUGGUAUCUUGCUACCAAGCAAGACCAAUGCUUGCCAGUGGAGGUACAGAAAAUGUUUGUGCAAACGGCCAAGGAUGCAGGAGCAGAUGUUACCUUGAGAGAGAUUGACAGCAGUCAUUCGCCUAUGCUUAGUAGGCCUGAGGAGACUGUCCAGUUCAUCUUGGAUGCCACAGCCAGCUUUGUCGGAUAA